GGAGCGAUGGGCGGGUUGUGAGUGAGUGGGCCGCGGCGCUGGGUGUCUGUCUGGAGCGGCGCCCUCCGUGGCCCCCGCUCCGCAUCCUCGGAGCUGCGCCCUGGACGCGCUUGGCUGCAGCCGCUGCGGUGUGAACGAAUGAAUGAAUGAGGGAGCGAGCGGUGUGCUGUCACUUCUCAUCCGGUGACCCGGCGAAGAGCCGGGAGCGAGGGCGGCAUGAACCGGGCCAAGCCCACCACCGUGCGGAGGCCCAGCGCCGUGGCCAAGCCUUCGGGGCACCCUCCACCUGGGGACUUCAUUGCUCUGGGCUCAAAGGGCCAGGCUGGGGAAUCGAAGACAGGGUCAGCCCUGCUGAAACCAGCGGCCUCGGGCCUACCCUCAGAGCGCAAGCGUGAAGCUGCAGCCACUUUGCCCGGGGCCUCUUCUCUUGGUGGCCUUGCCAAGCGCCCCAAACUCCCUGCUACUCCUCCACUGAGUGCCCUGGGGCGCCUGGCCGAGGCAGCAGUAGCAGAGAAGCGAGCCAUCUCUCCUUCCAUUAAAGAGCCAUCUGUGGUGCCUAUUGAAGUCCUGCCCACAGUGCUGCUGGAUGAAGUUGAGGCUGCUGAGCUGGAGGGUAAUGAUGAUAGGAUUGAGGGCGUGUUGUGUGGGGCAGUGAAGCAGCUGAAGGUCACCCGGGCCAAGCCCGACAGCACCCUCUACCUGAGCCUGAUGUACCUGGCCAAGAUCAAGCCCAACAUCUUCGCCACUGAGGGAGUCAUCGAGGCUCUGUGCAGCCUCCUGCGGCGAGACGCCUCCAUUAGCUUCAAGGCCAAGGGGAACAGCCUGGUGUCUGUGCUGGCCUGCAACCUACUCAUGGCUGCCUACGAGGAGGAUGAGAACUGGCCUGAGAUCUUUGUCAAGGUGUACAUUGAAGACUCCCUGGGGGAGCGGAUCUGGGUGGACAGCCAGCACUGCAGGACCUUCGUGGAUAACAUCCAGACUGCAUUCAACACCAGAAUGCCCCCCAAGAGCAUGCUGCUGCAGGGGGAAGGUGCCCGCAGCGGAGGUGACCUGGGGGCUGGGAGCAGCCCCCACCCCUCCCUCACGGAGGAGGAAGACAGCCAGACAGAGCUGCUGAUUGCUGAGGAGAAGCUAAGCCCUGAGCAGGAGGGCCAGCUCAUGCCCAGGUACGAUGACCUCACAGAGAGCGUGGAGGAGUACGUGCUGGACAUGCUGCGUGACCAGCUCAACCGGCGGCAGCCCAUCGACAACGUGUCCCGGAACCUGCUGCGGCUGCUCACCUCUACCUGCGGCUACAAGGAGGUGCGGCUGCUGGCUGUGCAGCGGCUGGAGAUGUGGCUUCAGAACCCAAAGCUGACCAGGCCAGCACAGGACCUGCUCAUGUCCGUGUGCAUGAACUGCAACACACACGGCCCAGAGGACAUGGACGUCAUCUCCCACCUGAUCAAGAUCCGCCUCAAGCCCAAGGUCCUCCUGAACCACUACAUGCUGUGUGUCAGAGAGCUGCUGAACGCACACAAGGACAACCUGGGCACCACCAUCAAGUUUGUCAUUUUCAACGAGCUGUCCAACGCCCGCAACCCCAACAACAUGCAGAUCCUCUACACUGUGCUGCAGCACAGCUCUGAGCUAGCACCCAAGCUGCUGGCCAUGGUGUUCCAGGACCUGCUGACCAACAAGGAUGACUACCUGCGGGCGUCACGUGCCCUGCUGCGCGAGAUCAUCAAGCAGACGAAGCAUGAGAUCAACUUCCAGGCCUUCUGCCUUGGCCUCAUGCAGGAGCGCAAGGAGCCCCAGUACUUGGAAAUGGAGUUCAAGGAACGGUUCGUGGUCCAUGUGACGGAUGUGCUGGCAGUCUCCAUGAUGUUGGGCAUCACUGCCCAGGUGAAGGAGGCAGGCAUCGCCUGGGACAAAGGAGAGAAAAGGAACCUCGAGGUGUUGCGUGCCUUCCAGAACCAGAUUGCCGCGAUCCAGCGGGAUGCAGUCUGGUGGCUUCACACUGUUGUCCCCUCCAUCAGCAAGCUGGCACCCAAGGACUACGUGCACUGCCUGCACAAGGUGCUUUUCACAGAGCAGCCCGAGACUUACUACAAGUGGGACAACUGGCCGCCAGAGAGUGACCGCAACUUCUUCCUGCGCCUGUGCUCAGAGGUGCCCAUCCUGGAGGAUACGCUCAUGCGCGUCCUGGUCAUUGGGCUGUCCCGUGAGCUCCCGCUUGGCCCUGCGGACGCCAUGGAGCUUGCUGACCACCUGGUGAAGCGUGCCGCGGCUGUGCAGGCAGACGAUGUGGAAGUACUGAAGGUGGAGAGGAUCCAACUGAUCGACGCCGUUCUGAACCUGUGCACCUAUCACCACCCUGAGAACAUCCAGCUCCCACCUGGGUACCAGCCCCCCAGCCUCGCCAUCUCUACCCUCUACUGGAAAGCCUGGCCUCUGCUCCUGGUGGUUGCUGCCUUCAACCCUGAGAACAUCGGCCUGGCCGCCUGGGAGGAGUACCCCACGCUAAAGAUGCUCAUGGAGAUGGUGAUGACCAACAAUUACUCGUACCCCCCGUGCACGCUGACGGACGAGGAGACGCGGACAGAGAUGAUCAACCGGGAGCUGCAGAUCUCCCAGCGGGAGAAGCAGGAGAUCCUGGCCUUCGAGGGCCACCUGGCCGCCGCGUCCACCAAGCAGACCAUCACGGAGAGCAGCAGCCUCCUGUUAUCACAGCUCACCAGCCUGGACCCCCAAGGGCCCCCCCGGAGGCCUCCCCCCCACAUCCUGGAUCAGGUGAAGGGCCUCAACCAGUCCCUGCGUCUUGGACACCUCCUGUGUCGCAGCCGCAACCCCGACUUCCUGCUGAACAUCAUCCAGCGCCAGGCCUCCUCCCAGUCCAUGCCCUGGCUGGCUGACCUGGUGCAGUCCAGCGAGGGCUCCCUGGACGUGCUGCCCGUGCAGUGCCUGUGCGAGUUCCUGCUCCACGACGCUGCGGAUGACACAGCCUCGGGGGAGGAAGAGGACGAGGGGGAGAGCCGGGAGCAGAAGGCCAAGAAGCGGCAGAGGCAGCAGAAGCAGCGGCAGCUGCUGGGCCGCCUGCAGGAGCUGCUGCUGGGCCCGAAGGCGGAUGAGCAGACCACGUGUGAGGUGCUCGACUACUUCCUGCGGCGCCUGGGCUCCUCGCAGGUCGCCUCCAGGGUGCUGGCCAUGAAGGGCUUGUCUCUGGUGCUAUCUGAGGGUGGACUGCGGGACAAGGAGGAGAAGGACCCCCCCAUGGAGGAGGACGUGGGGGAGCCAGAUGCCUUGCAGGGCUACCAGUGGCUGCUGCGGGACCUGCCCCGGCUGCCUCUGUUUGACAGCGUGAGGACCACCACUGCGCUGGCGCUGCAGCAGGCCAUCCACAUGGAGACAGACCCCCAGACCAUCAGUGCCUACCUGGUCUACCUGUCCCAGCACACACCGGUGGAGGAGCAGGGGCCACACAGCGACCUGGCCCUGGACGUGGCCCGACUGGUCGUUGAGCGCUCCACCAUCAUGGCACACCUCUUCUCCAAGCUUUCCUGCAGCGCCACCUCUGAUGCCGUGCUGGGUGCCCUCCUGUCUGUCUUUUCCCGCUACGUGCGGCGCAUGCGCAAGAGCAAAGAGGGCGAGGAAGUCUACAGCUGGUCGGAGUCUCAGGACCAAGUCUUCCUGCGCUGGAGCAGCGGGGAGACGGCCACUAUGCACAUCCUUGUGGUCCACGCCAUGGUCAUCCUGCUGACACUGGGCCCACCCCGAGCUGGUGACAGCGAGUUCCAGGAGCUGCUGGACAUCUGGUUUCCAGAGAAGAAGCCACUGCCCACUGCCUUCCUGGUAGACACAUCCGAGGAGGCACUGCUGCUGCCUGACUGGCUGAAGCUGCGUAUGAUUCGCUCCGAGGUCCCUCGCCUGGUGGAUGCGGCCCUGCAGGACCUGGAGCCCCAGCAGCUGCUACUCUUCGUCCAGUCAUUUGGCAUCCCUGUGUCCAGCAUGAGCAAACUUCUCCAGUACCUGGACCAGGCGGUGGCCCAGGACCCCCAGGCCCUGGAGCAGAACAUCAUGGACAAGAAUUAUAUGGCUCACCUGGUGGAGGUACAACAUGAGAGAGGUGCGUCUGGAGGCCAGACUUUCCACUCCCUGCUCACAGCCUCACUGCCGCCCCGGCGAGACAGCAUGGAAGCACCAAAACCGAAAAGCAGUCCUGAUCAGCCUCCCGGCCAGGGCAGAACCCGAGCUGGGGCUCAGGUCCGGGUGCUCGGCCCCGAGGAUGACUUGGCCAGCAUGCUCCUGCAGAUCUUCCCGCUGAACCCUGACCCGCGGUGGCCAAGCUCCAGCCCGCGCCCCCUCGUCCUGGCGCUGCAGCAGGCACUGGGUCAGGAGUUGGCCCGCGUCCGCCAGGGGGAUCCUGAGGUGCCGGGCGUGACAGUGCGCCUGCUGCAGGCCUUAGCCACGCUGCUGGGCUCCCCACAUGGCGGGGCCCUUGGCAUGGCCAUGCACCGCAGCCACUUCCUGUCCUGCCCACUCAUGCGCCAGCUCUACCAGUACCAGCGCUGUGUGCCCCAGGACACCGGUUACUCCUCGCUCUUCCUCAAAGUGCUCAUGCAGAUGCUGCAGUGGCUGGACAGCCCGGCUGUGGAGGACGGGCCCCUCCAGGCCCAGCUCAAACUCUUCGCCACCCAGUACUCGGCCAGACACAGGAUCAGCGACGUACGGAGUGGCCUCCUGCACCUGGCUGAGGCCCUGAGUUUCCGCCGUGACCUGGACGUGGUCAGCUCCACCGUGCGGGCCGUCAUUGCCACCCUGAAGUCGGGGGGCAAGUGCAGCGUGGAGCCGGAGCUCAUCAACAAAGUGCUCCGGGGCCUCGUCGAGGUGCGAUCCCCCCACCUGGAGGAGCUGCUGACUGCACUCUUCUCGGGUGCGGUGGAGUCCGCCAGCCCUGGCCCAGCCCCCGGGCCGGUAGCAGUGGUCAGCGCCCUGCUGCUGCAGGAGAAGGAGGAGCCCCUGGGCCCCGGCCCUCAGGACACAGAUGGUGGCAGCCCAGAGACCAUAAGGCUGGGCCCCUCAUCAGGGCUGCUCGUGGACUGGCUGGAGAUGCUGGACCCCGAGGUGGUCAGCAGUUGUCCCGACCUGCAGCGGAGGCUGCUCUUCUCACGGAGGAAGGGCAAAGGCCACACCCAGGCCCCAUCUUUCCGUCCUUACCUCCUGGCCCUCUUCACACACCAGUCCAGCUGGUCCACACUGCACCGAUGUAUCCGUGUCCUUCUGGGCAAGAGCCGAGAGCAGAGGUUUGACCCCUCGGCCUCGCUGGACUUCCUCUGGGCCUGCAUCCACGUGCCUCGGAUCUGGCAGGGCAGGGACCAGCGCACCCCUCAGAAGCGGCGAGAGGAGCUGGUGCUCCAUGUGCAGCCUGCAGAGCUCACCAGCCUGGUGGAGCUGAUCCUCGCUGAGGCGGAGGCCAAGAGCCAGGAUGGGGAUGCGGCCGCCUGUUCCCUCAUUCAGACUCGGCUGCCCUUGCUGCUCAGCUGCUGCCAUGGUGACGAGGAAAGCAUCCGCAGAGUGACGGAGCACCUGACGGGCUGUAUCCAGCAGCGGGGGGACAGCGUGCUGGGUCAGCGCUGCCGGGACCUGCUGCUGCAGCUGUACCUGCAGCGGCCUGAGCUGCGGGUACCUGUGCCGGAUGUCCUGCUGCCCAGUGAGGGGGCCGCCAGCAGCAGUGUCUGCAAGCUGGAUGGGCUCAUCCACCGCUUUAUCACCCUCCUGGCCGACACCAGUGACUCCCGCUCAUCGGAGAGCCGGGUAGCUGAUGCCAAUAUGGCCUGUCGGAAGCUGGCUGUGGCACACCCCAUCCUGCUGCUCAGGCACCUGCCCAUGAUCGCAGCGCUGCUGCAUGGCCGCACGCACCUGAACUUCCAGGAGUUCCGGCAGCAGAACCACCUGGCCUUCUUCCUGCACGUCCUGGGCAUCCUGCAGCUGCUGCAGCCGCGCGUCUUCCAGAGCGAGCACCAGGGGGCGCUGUGGGACUGCCUGCUGUCCUUCAUCCGCCUGCUGCUGAACUACCGGAAGUCCUCCCGUCACCUGGCGCCCUUCAUCAGCAAGUUUGUGCAGUUCAUCCACAAGUACAUCACUUGCAGCGCCCCGGCCGCCGUGGCCUUCCUGCAGAAGCACGCGGAGCCCCUGCACGACCUGUCCUUCGACAACAGCGACCUGGUGAUGCUCAAGUCCCUCCUGGCGGGGCUCAGCCUGCCCAGCUGCAACGGCAGGACCGACCGGGGCCUGGAUGAGGAGGGCGAGGAUGAGUGCUCGGCCGGCUCCCUGCCGCUGGUCAGCGUGUCCCUCUCCACCCCGCUGACCGCGGCCGACAUGGCCCCGCACAUGAAGAGGCUCUCGCGGGGCCAGACCGUGGAGGACCUGCUGGAGGCCCUGAGUGACAUAGAUGAGAUGUCGCGGCGCAGACCUGAGGUGCUGGGCUUCUUCUCGACCAACCUGCAGCGGCUGAUGAGCUCGGCCGAGGAGACCUGCCGCAACCUGGCCUUCAGCCUGGCGCUGCGCUCCAUCCAGAACAACCCCAGCACCGCGGCUGACUUCCUGCCCACCUUCAUGUACUGCCUGGGCAGCCGGGACUUUGAGGUGAUGCAGACGGCCCUCCGGAACCUGCCGGAAUACACCCUGCUCUGCCAAGAGCACGCGGCCGUGCUGCUGCACCGGGCCUUCCUCGUGGGCAUGUACGGCCAGGUGGACACCAGUGCCCAGAUCUCCGAGGCCCUGAAGAUCCUGCACAUGGAGGCUGUGAUGUGAGGCCA